AUGCUGGAAGACCCUGAUGCAUGGGUCCGCAGUGCAGCUUGUGACGCUUUGGGCGGCCUUUCUUCCAUUCAGUUGGCAAAGCACUCCUCAGAGCUGGUAAAGAACUUGGCAGAGAAGAAGUUGGAUUUGGAGUCUUCCUCGGCUAUUUUCAGAGUUCCAAUUCAAUCCGCACCUAGUCGGGACACCUGGUUGCACAUUGCUGCCAAACAUGGCAGCUUUGAGGUUUGCCGCGCAGUGCUUCACGGCAGAUUCGCCGCACCGGCCCAGCGGAAUUAUCAUAAAAAAACCGCUAGCGAUGUUGCUGCUGCCCAUGGACACAAAGAACUGGCUGAAGAGUUGAAACCAAAAGUGCUGGAGACAAGAGGCGGCACGGGCGCGGCAUUUGCCAAAGCUUGGGAUUGCAAAGACAUGGUAACUGAAGUGAGCUGGUGGAUGUUGCCUUUGCCCGGCGUUGUAGGUUCUUGUUUUGGAACCGUGCAUUCAAUGUUGAAGAUUCGAGCUGGCGAGAAGUCGUUUCUGAUUGAAGGAGCCUUCCCCGAACAGGUUAAGAGGUACGGGGAGACCACGGAGGAAAUCAAGCAAGCUGCAAAGAACGGAUUGUUUGUGUCAGAGUGGUCGGAUGUCGAAAAUGCCGAUAACCUGCGGGAUCUUCAUGGGAAGCAGCUAUGGGGAGAUCACCUUGGCAAUGCAAUCACCACUCGUGACUUGAUUCGCCAUUUGCUGAGAAAGGGUCUCUACAACACCGGCAGGAACAACUGCCAUCACACAGCCUUCCACGGAUAUAACUUCUGUGCAGCUACCAAGGAGCAACUCAGAAGUCUUCCCGUCAACUAUGCUCAGACCAAGUUAGCGUGGGGCUUUCCCUAG